AUAGGGCGGCGGUAGGCCCGUGGCGGGGGGAGGCGGCGGGGCCAAUCGGCGUGUGGCGCUGGUGGCUGUGCGCGUUGGCGGUGGGGGCUGCUCCCCUUUCUUUCCCGUACGCGGCGGGGCCGGCGGCCGGCGCAGGCUCUUGAAGCAAUAGGCUGUUGGAUUUUGAUCCCGCCCAGAAUACUUGAGUUUUUCUCUGCAAGGAUAUAUAAUAGCGGUUUUUCCUGCCCACCUGAGAAACAAAGGCAAUGGAGACUGAACAACAGGAAGAGACCUUUACCAACACAGAGACAAAUGACCUUUCUACAGGCAAACGUCCUGCAGAAGAUAUGGAGGAAGAGCAGGCCUUCAAAAGAUCUCGGAACACUGAUGAGAUGGUUGAAUUGCGCAUCCUGCUUCAGAGCAAAAAUGCUGGAGCAGUGAUUGGAAAAGGUGGCAAAAAUAUUAAAGCACUUCGUACAGACUACAAUGCCAGUGUUUCAGUCCCAGACAGCAGUGGCCCCGAGCGCAUCUUGAGUAUAAGUGCAGAUAUAGAGACAAUUGGAGAAAUCUUGAAGAAGAUUAUCCCUACUUUAGAAGAGUAUCAACACUACAAAGGCAGCGACUUUGACUGCGAAUUAAGACUUCUCAUUCACCAAAGUUUGGCAGGAGGAAUUAUUGGUGUCAAGGGUGCUAAAAUUAAAGAACUCAGAGAGAACACUCAGACCACCAUUAAGCUCUUCCAAGAGUGUUGUCCUCAUUCUACGGACAGAGUGGUCCUUAUUGGCGGAAAACCUGAUAGAGUUGUUGAAUGUAUCAAGAUUAUCUUGGAUCUUAUCUCUGAGUCUCCAAUUAAAGGACGGGCCCAGCCUUAUGAUCCCAAUUUCUACGAUGAAACAUAUGACUAUGGUGGCUUCACAAUGAUGUUUGAUGAUAGAAGGGGACGUCCGGUAGGCUUUCCGAUGCGUGGAAGAGGAGGUUUUGAUCGAAUGCCCCCUGGUCGCGGUGGACGACCUAUGCCUCCGUCAAGAAGAGAUUAUGAUGAUAUGAGUCCUCGCAGAGGACCUCCACCGCCUCCACCAGGUCGUGGUGGUAGAGGUGGCAGCAGAGCUCGUAAUCUUCCUCUUCCUCCUCCACCACCUCCUCGUGGCGGAGAUCUUAUGUCCUAUGACCGAAGGGGCAGACCGGGAGACCGUUAUGAUGGCAUGAUGAUGCAGUGCCACGUGGAUGCCUGUGAUGACAUGCAGCCACCAGAGCUGUUUGAGGGUGGCUCUGGAUAUGACUAUUCUUACGCAGGGGGGCGUGGUUCAUACGGAGAUCUUGGUGGACCCAUCAUCACAACGCAAGUAACGAUUCCUAAAGAUUUGGCAGGAUCUAUUAUUGGAAAGGGAGGCCAGAGAAUCAAACAAAUACGUCAUGAGUCAGGAGCUUCGAUCAAAAUUGAUGAACCAUUAGAAGGCUCAGAAGAUCGGAUAAUAACUAUUACGGGAACACAGGACCAGAUACAAAAUGCACAGUAUUUACUGCAGAACAGUGUGAAGCAGUAUGCAGAUGUUGAAGGAUUCUAAUGCAAGAUUAUUUUUUCUUUUUUAUAGUGUGAAGCAGUAUUCUGGAAAGUUUUUCUAAGACUAGUGAAGAACUGAAGGAGUCCUGCACCCUUUUUUUUUUUUUUUUUUUUUUAAUCUGCUUCUGUUUAAAAAGCCAACAUUCCUCUGCUUCAUAGGUGUUCUGCAUUUGAGGUGUAGUGGAAUCUUUGCUGUCCACCAGAUGUAAUGUUUUUAGUUCCUUACAAAUACACGGGGGGAGGGAAAGGGCGCACGAGACUAACAUUGAGGUUUUGAAGCAGCAGCAGAGAGAGUGAAAUCUAUUUUUGUUCAUUGUUGGUGGUAAAUUGUAAUGUUUUUCUGUAAUUGUUGUGAACACCCUGCUUUCAUGUACACUGUAUUAUUUUUUUUGUUUGUUCAAAGGGGAGAGAAUACUGGUAGUCCACAUGUCCCUGGCAUCCUUUGAGAGCAGUGAGCAGAAUGUAAUGCUCUUUUGUAAGAAACAGUUUAUGAUUUUUAAAUAAAUUUAGUGAACCUGUU